UAUGACUUACUAUCUCAAAUUACGAUAAAGGAUCUCUUAAUUACGACUCAUCCCAUAAUUAUGAGAAAAAAAUCUCAAUAUUACGAGAAAAGUUCUCAUAAUUAUGACUUAUCCCAUAAUUACAAUAAAAUAUCUCAAAAUGUACAUGAUCUCAGAUGUUUCUUUGAGAUGCAGGUGCAAUUUCUUCCUCCACCGGUGGCUGCGUUCCAGUUAAUCUACUGUAUUGCGGAUUCGUGGAUCUCGCAGCGCAUGGAUAGGUCUACCGCAGCACCGUCAGCCUGUCUGGACGGCCGUGCCCAUCAGCACGCUCUCCCGGUGUAGAUCUGCGCUCGAGGCGGUCUGGAACGCGUCCUGUUCACGGCACGAAGCAGCAGCGGCAGCAGCAGCUGUCAUGAGAAUCAGCUGGACGAACAAGGAAGGGGAUAAACAACAACACGACUCCGUCUUUCUAAAUCAAGGUUUCAUCUGGUGAGGUGGCAGGAUGGCGGGAGCAGAGGUGUUCACCCCUGCAAACCCCACCUGCAAGAUUAUGACCUUCAGGCCCACAAUGGAGGAGUUCAAGGACUUCAACCAGUACCUGGUUUACAUGGAGUCUCAGGGUGCACACCGCGCAGGUCUGGCUAAGGUGAUUCCUCCUAAAGGCUGGAAGCCUCGUCGCACCUACGAUGACAUAGAUGAUCUGAUGAUCGAUGCUCCCAUCCAGCAGAUGGUGGCCGGCCAAUCAGGGCUCUUCACUCAAUACAACAUUCAGAAGAAACCUCUUAGUGUGCAGGAGUUCAGGCGACUAGCUAACAGUGACAUGUACUGUACACCUCGCUACCUGAACUAUGAAGAUCUUGAGAGGAAGUACUGGAAGAACCUCACUUUUGUCUCCCCCAUAUAUGGUGCUGAUGUCAGUGGCAGCCUCUACGAUGAGGAUGUGGAGGAGUGGAACAUUGGCCACCUGAACUCUAUCUUGGAUGUUAUUGAGGAGGACUGUGGUGUAUCCAUCCAGGGGGUCAACACUCCAUAUCUGUACUUUGGCAUGUGGAAGACCACCUUCUCUUGGCACACAGAAGAUAUGGAUCUGUACAGCAUCAACUAUCUCCACUUUGGAGAGCCCAAGUCCUGGUAUGCCAUCCCCCCUGAGCAUGGGAAGAGACUGGAGCGUCUGGCUACAGGUUUCUUUCCCAAUAGCUUUAAGGGAUGUGAAGCUUUUCUUCGUCACAAGAUGACUCUAAUCUCCCCUUCCAUACUGAAGAAGUAUGGCAUUCCCUUUGAUAAGAUUACUCAGGAAGCUGGAGAGUUUAUGAUCACCUUUCCUUACGGCUACCAUGCUGGCUUCAAUCAUGGUUUCAACUGUGCUGAGUCGACCAACUUUGCCACCGUGCGCUGGAUAGACUAUGGCAAGGUUGCUACGCAGUGCACAUGUAGCAAGGACAUGGUAAAGAUAUCCAUGGAACCCUUUGUGAAGCGUUUUCAACCUGACCGGUAUCCAAACUGGAUGCUGGGCAAAGAUUCAACACCUAUUGACCACACAUUUGCCACUCCUAGUAGUACACCUGAGCUGCAGAGCUGGUUGCAGAGGCGCCGCAAGACAAAACCUGCUAAUAAAGGCAGCACCCACUCUCGAAUGCGCUCCAAGCGUCUCAGAACCACAGAGGAGCCCGUCGGACUGGAUGGCAGCUCGGCUCUGAGCGGCAGCAAGAGGAAAGGCCUGGGUGGUCCGCCUGGGCCCAAGGUGCGAAGGUCUGUAGCAGGGCCAGCCUGCAGGGCAGAAAAGGUGGAGGAAGAGGAGAUAGAGGAGAAAAAAGAAGGCAGGGAAGCUGAGUCAAAGCACAACCAGAAUCAUAACUCUGCUCAGCUUUCUGGUGCUUGCAGACAGAUGUGUGUGGUCAAGGUGAACCGAGUAGAGAGUAACAGUUUGGGCUUUUCUAGCGUGGAUCCCAAAAACUCCUGCUCCAGCUCCUGUCCCUCCCCUGCCUCACCAGUAAAAAAUGAGCUAAAGGUGGAGACAGACACUCAUAUUGACCCUCAACACCUCUCAGGGUCAGGGGUCACAAGCAGGACUCCUGAAGGACUCAGACAUUGGCCUGAGGCUACACAGAUGCAUCCGGGAAUUAAUGAGCCAAGGUGUUGCUCUCCUGAACCACAAGACCUCUCAACCUCUCAGGAUUGCUCUACCAGGGCUGCUCCCCUGGAGGCCUCUGAACUCAGCUCAUCUUCCCACACAACAAACACACAGAUGGACUUGUGUCCUCCUGACUCUGAAGCUCAGACAUCUAGUUCCUCAUGUCGAGAAGACUCUUUAAGCCUAGCACCAAACACUGAGAGCAGUAUGGACACAGGUACUGAGAAUCACACUAACAACACUGCUAAAGCAGAGAAAAUGGACACUGCUGACUCAAAACAUAUCAAUCCACACUCCACUACAGAAGCACUUUAUGAUCUCAAAACUGAGCCAGUAGAGGGGGGUAGUUGCACACCAUGUGGCCCUUCUUCCUCUUCAGGACACAGUUGCAGUUUAGAAAACAGCAGCACUGAGGAAAGUAUUUUCCCUCCUCUGCUACAGAGGAAUGCAGGGGAUAUGCCACAUCUCACUCCUGAGCCAGCAGAUAAGGUUGGAAUCUGUCCAUUACCUCCCGUACUGACCCAAGAGAUGCCCUCCCUCACCCCCGCUGACGAUGGGUUAACUGACGGCCCGAAAUCUAGAACGUACACUCACCAGGUUGCACCUGUGCUUCAGCGGGAGACGCCAGCUGGCUCCCCAUCUUCACAUGGAGCCAAACAGGAGGAGACAGACACUGACUUAAUCAUGUCAAAAGAAUCUUUUAGUGCAGAACACGCCAACAACUGGCAUUUAGAUUCGCCGUAUAAUUGUGACGGGACAGCGGUGUCUGGUUUAGAACGUAGCACAGCUCAUUUAACUAGCAAUGCUAUGCACAAAAUAACAUCUGGUGGCGUCCAGGAAAUGCUAAUAAUGCCAGAAAUUGCUGCAGUAAAAGAUCAUACAAAGCUAGAAAAUCUUAGUCCUGGACAGAAUGAUGCCUCCUCUCGCCAUCUUGUUCAGAGCAUUGCACCUCAAACAGAGCAGCAGUCCAGUUUAGCCGAGUUAACAAGUAAAGAUAACUCCAGGGACUCAGCUCAAAGUGCAUUCAGUCUAAGAAGCACUGGCUCUCUUUUGACUGGUACCUCAAACAAUAAUCCCCAGGCCCCUUCACCUCCGGUAUGCACUCAAAACAACAGUCACUCAGCGUUACAACUCCAGCACACUACAUACUCCCCUUCACAUUGUACCUCAUACAUAGAACCCAAACCCUUCUCCAGCAGCAUUUGGAAAAACUUCAACUCCCAGAGUCCUGCAGUACUCAUCCAGAGUCUCAACCCAGAACUCCCCUCUGACUUCACCCAUGACCCCCUACCUUACACCAUGUGGACUGAACCACAGUGCAAAGAGGUCACAGACCUGGAGGACCCAGGACAAGACCUCCGUGAGUCAGAGAACCAGGAGGAGGAAGCUGGGCCUCUGACCUGGGCCCAGCUCGAGCCCACAUCUUUAGUUUCAGUCGGUGCUGUCGAGCCCCUGGGGCUUUGUGGAGAUUAUGAGCUCCACAGAGGGGAAACAGAGGGGGCUGAAGCCCUUUCCCUGUGCAGGGAGCUGGGGAGACAGAGGGAGACAGAGGAGAGUCUGCACUCAGAUGCUGCUGUUUCACCCCUAGUGAUGGGAGUAGGAGAACAGGACGGGGUGUCCGAUAUGGAAGAAGGGGGGUCUGAUGGUGAAGAGGCGGAGCAGCAAAGUAGUGCCAAGGGGGAGACCAGUAGUGACUCAUCUGACGAAGAGGAGGAAGAAGAGGAGGAAAAUGAUACAAGCAACUACGAGUGUGAUGAAUCAGGCCUGGAACCUGGGGAGGUUUGUGCUUACCCUGCCCUGUCAGUGAAGAGGACCACUAAGAGCUGGCGCCACCCACUCAGGAAACCUACUGCAAGGGCCGUACCCACCGCUGUCAAACAACAGGCUGCCAGUGAUGAUGAGCCCCCUGAAGCAAGCCUGGCAGAGGAGGAGGAGCCUGAAAUGGAAGCGUGGGCGAAGCCCCUCGUCUACCUGUGGCAGAGCAGGAAGAGCUCCUUCACAGCUGAGAGGGAGUACAAUGCUCACGCAGCCACCAUGCAGCCAUACUGUGCUGUGUGCACGCUCUUCAUGCCCUACUAUCAGGCUGAAGACAAAGCAGAGGACAAUAGACCUUUCAUAGCUAAGGACACUUCCAGAUCCUCCUCUCCCAAGGAGGGCUCCACACGUCCCUGUAGAGGUCUGAGGAGGACCAAGCCCCUGGUCCCAGAGAUCUGCUUUUCAUUCCGGGAGCAGAACUGCCCUCCGACUCCCACAAACCCUCUGCUGCAGGAAGACGGUACCUCCCCUCUGCUCUACUGCCAGGGCUGUUGCCUGCAAGUCCACGCAAGUUGCUAUGGUGUUCCUGCAGAUGACGUCAGCGAACAGUGGUCAUGUGAUCGCUGCACAGAAGGAAGCUUUACGGCGGAAUGCUGUCUCUGUAACCUCAGAGGUGGAGCUCUGAAGAAAACCCAAAACGACAAAUGGGCCCAUGUGAUGUGUGCAGUAGCACUACCAGAGGCGAGGUUCAGCAACGAAGCCAAGAGGGGUCCCAUUGACACCAGUAGGAUCCCCAUGCAGCGAUACAAACUGAAGUGCAUCUAUUGUCGUAAGCGCUGCGCGGGGAAGCGGCAGGCAGGUGCUUGUAUCCAGUGCUCAUGUGGCCGGUGUCCCACCUCCUUUCAUGUGACCUGUGCCCAUGCUGCCGGUGUAAUCAUGGAGCCUGAUGAUUGGCCGUAUGUCGUGUCAAUCACCUGCCAUAGACACCAAUCACGGAGCUCUUCAGCUAAGCAGCGAGCAUGCCAAGCAUCUAUCUCACUGGGCCAGACGGUGAUCUCCAAACACAAGAACCUGCGCUACUACAGCUCCAAGGUCACGCAGAUCACGUCCCAGACGUUCUACGAGGUCAUGUUUGAUGACGGCUCCUUCUCCAACGACACCUACCCCGAGGAUAUAGUGAGCAGAGAUUGUGCAAACUUGGGUCCUCCUGAGGUGGGGGAAGCUGUUCAAGUGAAAUGGCCCGAUGGCCUCUUCUAUGGUGCCAAAUACCUCGGAUCCAACGUCUCCUACAUGUACCAGAAUCGUUGUGACUCUGCUGACGUCGUCGAGGUCCGCCGGUCUGUGCGUGGAGAGGUGGAGGGAGAGAAGAAGAAAGAGGAGGUGGAGUUUGAGGACGGGUCUCAGGUGCUGGCAAAGAGAGAAGACGUCUAUACUUUAGAUGAAGACCUACCUAAAAAGGUGAAGCGUAGACUUUCCACGGCCUCAAGCAUGCGUUUCCAGGACGCCUUCUUUACCACGCAAGGGGAGAGGAAACGGCAGCGAACACCCAAUUCGCGAUUCCAGAAAGACUAUGUGGCCCUGCCAGGCCUCCGUACAACUGCCAAAAGCACAUGGGAGCAACGCAGCCACAAAGGGAAAUGAAGUCAUGAGGAAGGAUCAGUGAGAAAUGAAUGCACUGAGUUGUCAACAGUGGAUGUAGAGGGGAGGUUGUUUGUUUGUUUGUGUGUGUGUGUGUGUGGAUGUGUGUGUGUGUGUGUGUAUGUAUGUAUGUGUGUGUGUG